AUGGCGUACGAAGAUGAAAGAUCACGCGUGUGUGUGGCGCUACUGUUCAAGAAACUCUGCGCCAUGGACUCGGCUCAGGAUGCACACGCCCGCCAGUUCGUCGACCCCAGUUUUCAUUUCGUGCCAAGAAAAAAAAUGAUGCAGAUUCAGAGCGGCUGCAUCGACACGAUGUGCCAGGUUCUUGAUAAGAACAACAGGACGAACACAUGGCAGAGGAAGGACGCCUGCGUCGUGGAGCAGUGCAUGAGCGCGCUCGCCCUCCACGUGCACCGUCGUCCUGAGAGGUGUCGACAGCUGCAGGCAACCAAGGGGGGGGUGCAGGCCAUCGUGACGGGGAUGAGAGAGUGCUCGGAAAGUGUGCUCGUGCAAGAGAGGGGUCUCAAGCUCGUUGUCGACUCCUGCCUGGCGCUUUCAAGCUGUGCCGAGGCAACUUCGACUUUGGAAUAA